UCAACCACGAGCGACUGAGCAAGUGCAUGCCGAGUUUAGUUACGUUUUGCUUAGUGUUCAGUUAGCACGUGGUAGCGAUUUUUUUUUAAAUUUUUUUUUAAUGUUUUUUAAUUUUUUUAUUGUAAUGUUUUAAAUACAUGUUUAAGUAUUAAGCAGUAGUUAUACAAAAUAAUAUUUAGACUGAUAUUUGCAAUUUUAAGUACAUCAAUUUACAUUUUGGAAAAUGAGCAAUCAAGAAAGGGUAUCACCCGAAUUUACCGUACGAUCAUGUUUCAUAGUGUUGGCCAGUUUCCUAGUCAAUGGACUUGUUUUUAGUUUUAUCAAUUCCUAUUCAGUGACUUAUGUGUAUCUCUUAAAAAGGCUAGAGGAUGCUGGUGUCAGUGAAGCAUCGUCAAAAGCAUCAUUAGUUGGCUCUUUAACUGUGGGAACAACGUUUCUAAUGUCGCCUAUCGCUGGAGUUCUCGUUGAUCGCAUAGGAAUUAGAACAACUACAUUUAUAGGUGGUUUUAUUGCUACUAAUAGUUUAUUAAUAUCAUCAUAUUUUACACAUCAAGUGGAAGUAUUGUACGUAACUUACGGACUUUUAUAUGGUAUUGGCGCAUCACUAGCUUAUACGCCUUCAUUAGCUAUUCUUGGUCAUUACUUCAAAAAAUACCUUGGUUUUGUAAAUGGUAUAGUAACUGCUGGCAGCUCAUGUUUUACCAUGCUCAUGCCAUACGUCGUAGAUUAUCUACUUGUUAGAUAUGGUCUAGAUAGCUGUUUAAGAUGGGAAGCAGCUUUAUCGGCUAUACUAAUGAUAUGCGCUUUGGCGUUCAAACCUACAUACAAACUAGACAAAUCGGAUAUGCAUAAAUCCCUGGCUGAACAACUGCGAUCACUGGUCAAUAUUGACAUUUGGAAGAACCCUAAGUACGUUAUUUGGGCCACAAUGAUUCCUCUCGCUCUUUUUGGAUACUUUGUACCUUACGUUCAUUUGGUGAAAUUUGUCGAUGACCGUUUUCCACAAAACGAUGGUAAAAUAUUAGUCACUUGUAUAGGCAUUUCGUCGGGAAUCGGUAGAUUAAUUUCAGGACCAAUAUCUGAUUGUAAGGGAGUUAGUAGAAUCGUAAUGCAACAGAUAUCCCUGUUUGUUAUUGGAUUGAUGACUAUGUUUAUCAUUGUAGUACCAUACUUUUUCAUACUAGUGAUUAUUACAUUAAUAAUGGGGCUUGCUGAUGGAUGUUUUGUUAGUGUUAUGGGUCCAAUCGCUUUUGAUUUAGUUGGUCAAAAAGGCGCUGCACAAGCCAUUGGAUGUAUUCUUGGUCUAUGUUCUAUACCAUUGACAGUUGGCCCACCAAUUGCUGGUUGGAUGUAUGAUAUGUACAAAUCUUAUACUGGCGCAUUUUUAAUUGCUGGACUUCCACCCAUGAUUUUUGGAAUAUUAUUAACUACUACACGCUGUGUAAGGAAAAGAACUAUGGAUAUUGAUAUAGAUGAUAAAGAUCCAAAUGAACCAAAACUUCUUGACCCAAUACCUGAGUCUUGCAAUAAAGAAGACGCUCAAGAAGUUUGUUGAUCAUCCAAGCAAGACCCAACAUUAUUUUCAGACAAAAACAUGCUAUAUAAUGCCGAAAAUAUCUUUGACAUUUUUAAAUUACAAAAUAAUUCAAAUUGACUUACUACAUUUUUUUAAAUUACUGCAGAAACCCCAUAACCAAUAACAAUUAUCUACUUAGGGCCGUUCUUACAAUGUCUGGUUAGUGUCUGAUUACGCUAACCAGCAGAAUUUUUUAUUUGUUAACUGAUAGAAUUCUACUGGUUAGUCCUAACUGUAACUUAACUGGACAUUAUAAAAACGGCCCUUAAUUGUAUAUAAUAAGAUCAUUAUAAUGUACCUAAUAUUUAAAAUAACUGUAAUUUAUUUAUAUAAUAUUUUGUAACAUUUCUUACAAUUAUAGUAUUAUUUGAUACGAACAUAAACAUUGAAUGUCAACUUGUCAUAUGAUAAUAUUUUUGUAAAUAAUUUAGAAGUACAUUUUUUACUGUACAUUUUUUUUUUUUUUUUUAUCAAAUAAAAAACCAUUGACUAAUAAUUUAAUUUUGUAUUUAUCCACUAUUUAUUUUCUAUAAUGAUUUAACAAAUUGAAAAACAUAAUAAAUUAUUGAUAAUAAAAAUUAAACUAAGAUUUAUUUUAUUUUUUA